AUGUUGCUCCAGCCGACCGUGGUCGAAAUUUCUGCUGCCGUGCUGGAUAAGGACAAGGUGGAGGCGCACGAGUCGAUGGAGGAUCCUAACCAGAGCAUCGCCGGCGCCGGUGGCUCUCCUCCUUCUGGUGGACGGGGGAGACGUAGGCAGAGGAAGAGCGAUGAGGAGGACGAGUAUGACACCGCCGUGCCCGGAGACAUCACCACGCGGGCGAAGAGGCGGCAGACGACAGGCAGUCCGCGCGACGCCGGUGACGGGGAAGCACAGACAACGCGAGGCGCCAUGAAGAGGACAAGGCCGAAACGGGGCGAUGAAGACCCUGGUGACGCCGAGGAGAGGAUGAUGAGGAGGAGGAUGCGGAGGAAGAGGAAGAUGAAGAGGAUGCGGAGGAGGAUGACGCGGAUGUUGGGGAGGAUGAAAAUGAUGAGAACGAUGGCGGGGAGGACGAAGAGGAGGAGGAUGAGGAUGAGGACAAGGAGGGCGGCGACGAUGAUGAUGAUGAGGAGGAGGAGGAGGAGGAGGAGGAGGAGGAGGAGGAGGAGGAGGAGGAGGAGGAGGAGGAGGAGGAGGAGGAGGAGGAAGAUAGGGAAGGAGGAGGAGGAGGAGGAGGAGGAGGAGGAGGAUGAGGAGGAGGAUGAGGAGGAGGAUGAGGAGGAGGAGGAGGAGGAGGAGGAGGAGGAGGAGGAGGAGGAGGAGGAGGAGGAGGUUGAAGAGCAGGGGGAUGACGAUGAAGAGGAUGAGGGUGAAGGAGGAGGAGGAGGAGGCAGAGGAGGAGGAGGAGGAGGCAGAGGAGGAGGAGGAGGAGGAGGAGGAGGAGGAGGAGGAGGAGGAGGAGGAGGAGGAGGAGGAGGAGGAGGAGAAGGAGGAGGCGGACGUGGCAGCAGUGAAGGGACGGGGCGGGCGUGGCAGACGGCAGAGUGUUACAGGAAAGGUGGGGGGCCGGACUCGCCAUUCCCGAAAACGCGGGGCAGCUGA